AUGGGCUCAACAAUAGACCAUGCCUUCAACGUCUAUCGUGGCACGUUCAUUCAAUUAAGUCGGCCUGUCGCACAGGGCGCAAAGCCCGAAUUGUGUCGCGACCAAGGUGCACUGUGGGUUUCGACAACUGAUGGACGGAUCAAGGGAUGGAACUGGGAGGCGCGCGAUGAGGAGAAAUUUGUAACAUUGAUAACUGAGAAGGGUUGGGUCGACCUGGAAUCCGCGGAGCCCACAGGAGUCAGUCAGGACGCACCACGAAUUGGGAUAAAGGUGAUCAAGGUCAAUGAGGAAAGAAAUGAGUUUUUCUUCCCCGGCUUCAUUGAUACUCACAUUCACGCACCUCAAUAUCCAAAUGCCGGUCUUUUCGGCUCCACGACACUGCUCGACUGGUUGGACACAUACACAUUCCCAGUAGAAUCCAAGUUUGGCGAGCAACCAGAUCCAAAUACAGGGCACCAAACCAAGACCGACCCAAAGUACACACCAAUUCCCGCACAACAAAUCUAUGACCAAGUCAUUGCCCGCACCCUAUCUCACGGGACAACAUGUGCCUCCUAUUUCGCAACAAUUCACGUCCCAGCAACGAACGCGCUCGCCGCACUCUGUCACGCCCGUGGCCAGCGCGCUUUCAUAGGCAGGGUAUGCAUGGACGAACCGAAAUUCUGCCCAAAGUACUACUGCGAUUUCUCAGCCGAUGACUCAAUAACCGCAACCCGCGACACUAUCGAUUUCAUCCAUUCACUUGAUCCGACAGGCCGACUCGUGAAACCGAUUCUCACCCCGCGUUUUGCACCCACGUGCUCGCGGCCCGCACUCAAGGCUCUCGGUGAUUUGGCUGCGGAAUUCGAUCCCCCUUUACACAUCCAGACGCACAUUUCGGAGAAUCUGAAUGAGGUCGCGCUUGUUAAGGAACUCUUUCCUGAGGCAGAUAGUUAUGCUGGCGUGUAUGAUGAUUAUAAUCUACUUACGCGGCGCACGAUCCUUGCUCAUGCGGUGCAUUUGUCGGCUACUGAGCGGAAGCUUGUUCGUGAGCGAGAGUCUAAGAUCUCGCAUUGCCCGGCGUCAAACUCGUCACUUGGAUCUGGGAUCUGUCCAGUUCGGACCUUGCUCGAUGAAGGGAUUACUGUUGGACUAGGCACGGAUGUCAGUGGUGGGUAUAGUCCUAGCAUUUUGGAGGCGACACGGCAGGCAUGUCUGGCUUCUAGACUCUUGGGCUACACAGCCGAGUGGAAAGAAGAUCAUCCUGAUCCUCAGGAGGAUGAGGGUCGAGAGAAACUUUCGGUAGCUGAGAGCCUUUAUCUCGCUACUCGUGGUGGUGCCGCGGUUGUUGAUAUGGCAGAGGAUUUGGGUGGGUUUGAUGCUGGGAUGCUGUGGGAUGUGCAGUUGAUUCAGCUUGGUGCCGUGAAAGAGGCUGAGAGGAGCCCCUUGGAAAGUUUCUCUAACGGGGAGGAGAGUCUUGUGGCUGCCGGGCCUGUUGGGAAUGUUGACAUCUUCGGGACGGAGACAUGGGAGGAGAAAAUCCAAAAGUGGGUUUGGAGUGGUGAUGAUCGGAAUGUCAAGGCUGUCUGGGUUGGAGGGAGGCUGGUACAUACCCGGAGCUGA